AUGGCCAGCCGCGCUGUGGACUCAACCGAUGCGCCCUCGGCGAUCGAGCUGGCCGACGCCCGUUCGCAUCCCGACCUGGCUUCGAUCGCUAAUGAUCCUGAGAUCUCUCCGGUUCUUUCGCGCUCAAACUCCCUGGGCCCCGAGACGUUCUCAGCGGACAAUGGCAGCCCGGUCACCGCUGGCCGAAAGCGCAAGCUGAACAGCACGUCAUCACGAGGCGUCGCCCACCUCACCCCCGAUCAGUUGGCCAAGAAGCGUGCCAACGACCGCCAGGCGCAGCGCGCAAUCAGAGAACGCACCAAGACCCAUAUCGAUGCGCUGGAGCAGCAGGUCCGCGAUUUGUCGUCGCAGAAACCGUUCCUCGACCUACAGGCAGCACUUCGGCAGAAUGAGAGUAUUCGCUCCGAGAACCGUGAGCUCCGACAAGGGCUCCGGGCUGUGAUGGAUAUAAUCCAACCACUGCUUGGGAAAUCAGAGGCACCAGACGCACCCUCUUCACAUCCUCCGCCCAUGUCCGUCCCGCUUCCAUCCCAUACAACUCCCUUCCCGGAUGUCGGCAACAUCACACCGAACAGCCAUGCCCCAGCGCAGGGCGAACGGGCCUAUCCCGAGUCCCUCGGCAGCCUCGACACACCGUCUCCCACCCACUCCGCACCCACUCUCGGAAGUCGCCGCAGCAGCAGCCACGGAGCGAUUCCCACAUCCUCUUUCCGCAAUGCAUUCGACUCCCAGCGUCAUAACCUCGCCCAUGGCUUAGAGCUUGGUAUCGAGGAGCGACUGGGAUUCAAUUUCCUUCUUGACCCGUCCCAAAAUGUGCCCAAGGUAGAUCGACUCGGGCCCAACUGCUCUGAAGCCUUUCGUUCAUCCCAACCGAACCCCAGCCCGAAUCCAUCCUCGCCACUAUACACCCAAACCUCAAAUCCACAAAUCGAGCCAAAUACGCCUGCAUUCGCGGCUCCAAUCCGAAAUGUCUCCCCGACCUGUCCCUUGGAUACUAUAUUACUGGACUUUCUUCACCACCGACAACGCGAAGCGGCGCAAGGCGUCCCGCGCCAGAAAUUGGUCGGACCACCGUACCCCAGCGUGUCAUCGCUGCUGAACCCUGAGAAGAGCGUGAAUUCACAUCCGGCUUCCAAAGUGUUCACGGAUAUCCUGCGCACAUUCCCGGACAUUUCUGCGAUACCGGAACAAGUCGCCGUGCUCUACAUCAUGUUCCUUCUUAUGCGCUGGCAGAUCUAUCCCACGCAAGAGAACUACGAAAGAUUGCCUGAAUGGUACACCCCGCGCCCGUCGCAACUUUUCCAGCCUCAUCCGCCAUGGAUGGACUAUGUACCCUUCCCGCGUAUGCGCGAUCGCCUCGUGGCUUCUCACCAGGACUAUCCCUUUGAGAACUGGUUUAUUCCCUUCACGAGAGGAUUGUCUGUCAAUUGGCCGUAUGAAGCUACAGAUUGCCUCUUGUCGACGGGCGACUCCGAUGAACUCCUCAUCAAUCCGGUCUUUGAGCGUCAUCUCCGCAACCUCGCCAAUUGGUCCUUGGGUCCGCUGUUCGCGGAGCAUUAUCCGGGUUUGGUAGAGACGGCGCGCAUAACAUCAGAGCCGAAAUCUCACGGUUCCACUCCACGUUCAUCAUGA